AUGUCCUCCAGGGCCAGCAUGUAUGCCCUGCAGUGCUUGGUGGAGCAGCUCAAGCUGGAGGCCAGCGUGGAGAGGAUCAAGGUCUCUCAGGCGGCUGCCAAGCUUCAGCAGUACUGCAUGCAGAAUGCCUGCAAGGAUGCCCUGAUGGUCAGUGUUCCAGAAGGCAGCAGCCCUUUCCAGGAGCCCAGAUCCUGUGCUUUGUUCUAA